AUGUCGCAGAAAGAGUGGAAGAAAAGAGAGAAGAAACGGAAGGUAGAAGAUGCAACGAGAAUGGACAAUUGCAAAAGGAUGCAGUGUUGGAUGAUGAUGAAGCGUUUGAUGGUGGGAAGAUAUGCAUGGGUUUUCAAGAAGAAUGAUCUAAACAAAAAGAUAAUGAGUUUGCGGGAUAUUGAGUUAAAGUUGAAAAGAUUAGAAUAUUCAAAAGUUGAUGACUUUGCAGAUGACAUGAGGAAGGUGUUCUCUUAUCCAUUGGGGUAUCCUUCCAAAAGUGAAGUUCAUAGAAUUGCAAGGGAGAUUAGUCAAUCUUUUGAGUUUAAGUGGAAAACUACGAAAAAUAAGUGGAUAUUAGAAAAACAAAAUUUGUAA